CUCCAUUUUCUGCUGGCUCCAAAGAGUAGUCAAUAAUGACACCAUUUUUUUUUUCUCAAGUCUCAUUUACACCACACCCAUUUUCUUCAAAUUUAGGCUCUCCAUUAGCCAGGUUCUGAAUAAAUACCAAAACUUGUUUCAAGAUAACGGAAAACAGCUUCGUGGGUCAUUCACAUUGUGUUGAAAAGAUUCAAAUUUUCCCAUACUUUCACAAGCUCGUUUUCUGCGUGUUCAUUUUUCUUGUCACGAGAUCUAAACUUUCUUACCAUUAAUGUAAUGUUAUUGAGAGUUGUUUUGAAUCUAUCAGACAGUAAUCAUUUCAACGUUAAUGUAUUUUUUUCCCCAAGGAUUAAAGUGCUCUGUCUUACCCUUUUUGUGAUUAUGUUUGCAUUUUUGUUCUUCAUGUUUUGAUAAGAUUUGGCUCUUUUAGUGCUUUGUGGUGUAUGCAUCUGAUGUUUUUAAAGUGCAUGUGUCUUAGCGUUAUUCAAGGAAAAUCUUAGCGUCAGUUUGGGAGCACUUAGUACAAGCUCUUCUAUUUAUUUAUUUCUUUCAAUUCCAAGAAUAUAUUUUUUUAUGUUAUAGAUCUCUGCAACACAUACGCCAGCACAUGGUAAUGCCAAACAAUUGACCCAAAUUUUGCUCACAUCUUCCCCUUUUACUUGCACAUUCUCUUAACUUUAAAGCUGUGGCUUUUCCCUUUACUCUAAGUUUCAUUAAGAUUUUGAUUCUUAUCUGUAGCAAAGAAAGGUUCUUGGUGAAAGUUGAAGGGAUUAUCUAAUUUUGUUUAUGCAUAACUUUGGACUGAUCUCUGUAGUUUUUGAUAGCUCGGUGGUAAGCACGAUGACUGUUGGAAACCUAAAGCUUGGGGUAGAUGUUAUUAGUGCUCAUAACCUUUUGCCUAAAGACGGUCAGGGUUCGUCUAGUGCUUUUGUGGAGCUUUGCUUUGAUGGCCAGAGAUACCGCUCCACGACCAAAGACAAAGAUCUUAGUCCCGUGUGGAACGAGAGCUUUUACUUCAAUAUAUCAGAUCCUGCCAUCCUCCACUCUCUGGCUCUCGAUGCCUACGUCUAUAACAAUGUCAGAGGCAUCCAAUCCAGAACCUUCCUUGGAAAGGUUAGCAUCAACGGGACUUCCUUCGUACCCUACUCUGAUGCAGUUGUCCUGCACUACCCUCUGGAGAAGCGUGGUAUAUUCUCACGUGUUCGAGGAGAGCUCGGGCUCAAGGUUUACAUCACGGAUGAUCCAUCAAUAAAGUCAUCCAUCCCUGCUUCCAUGGCUGAUGAAUCUCAUUUAUCCUCAGAAUCAGGUCACAGGUCAAUAUCAAACGCGGCCCAUCAUGUGAAAAUUGAGGCGGCAAGGCAUACAUUCCACACUCUGCCAAGACGUGGUGAUUCUGAUGAACAAGCCCCUGUAGUCGAAGAGCCUCAUCAUGUUACUAAGUACAUGGGUGACGAGAUGAAGGCUCCUGAACCAAUGCCUCCAAAGCUUGUACACAUGCACUCGGUAUCAUCAGCACAACCGGUUGAUUUUGCUCUAAAGGAGACGAGCCCUUUCCUUGGCGGGGGGAGGGUUGUCGGGGGAAGGGUUAUCCGAACUGACAGGGCAGCCGUGGGUACCUACGAUCUUGUCGAGAAAAUGCACUUUCUGUUUGUUAGAGUCGUGAAGGCCCGUGAGCUUCCUGCCAUGGAUGUCACUGGAAGCCUAGAUCCCUUCGUGGAGGUGAGAAUCGGAAACUAUAAAGGAAUUACUAGGCACAUUGAGAAACAGCAGCAUCCACUAUGGAAUGUAGUUUUUGCUUUCUCAAGGGAAAGGAUGCAAGCAUCUGUACUAGAAGUUGUUGUUAAGGAUAAAGAUCUUUUGAAAGAUGAUUUUGUUGGUUUGGUCCGAUUCGACCUUAAUGAGGUCCCGAUGCGUGUUCCACCCGAUAGUCCCUUGGCUCCGGAGUGGUACCGUCUUGAAGAUAAGAAGGGGGAGAAAAUAAAGGGCGAGCUGAUGCUUGCAGUCUGGAUCGGCACUCAAGCAGACGAGGCCUUUCCCGAUGCAUGGCACUCCGAUGCAGCUACGCCCAUCGACAGCUCAGCAGCAGCAUCAGCUCUUAUACGCUCUAAAGUCUACCAUGCACCACGCUUGUGGUAUGUUCGUGUUAAUGUCGUUGAAGCCCAGGACUUGGUACCAACGGAGAGGAAUCGGUUCCCUGAUGUGUAUGUGAAGGCACACAUAGGAAACCAGGUCAUGAGAACGAAACCAACUCAGGCUCGGAACUUUAACCCUGUGUGGAAUGAAGAUCUGUUUUUUGUAGCUGCUGAGCCUUUCGAAGACCAUCUCAUUCUUACAGUUGAGGAUCGAGUGGCUCCUGGAAAAGAUGAGAUCAUCGGGAGGGUUAUUAUACCGUUGAAUAUGGUGGAGAAGCGUGCUGAUGAUCGCAUCAUUCAUUCCCGUUGGUUCAACCUAGAAAAGCCGGUUCUUGUGGAUGUCGAUCAGUUAAAGAAGGACAAGUUCUCGAGCAGGCUUCACCUACGAGUAUGCUUAGACGGGGGCUACCAUGUUCUAGACGAAUCGACUCACUAUAGUAGUGACCUUCGCCCCACAGCGAAACAGCUCUGGAAACCACCCAUCGGUGUUCUAGAGCUUGGCAUCUUGAAUGCUGUUGGACUUCACCCGAUGAAAACACGUGACGGGAAGGGCACGUCAGACACGUAUUGUGUGGCCAAAUACGGCCACAAGUGGGUCCGAACUCGUACUAUUGUGGACAAUCUGUUUCCCAAGUACAACGAGCAGUAUACGUGGGAGGUCUUCGAUCCAGCAACGGUCCUCACCGUUGGUGUUCUUGAUAACAGCCAGCUAGGCGAAAAGGGUUCAAACGGCAACAAAGACCUAAAGAUCGGGAAGGUCCGGAUACGAAUCUCCACGCUCGAAACAGGCAGAGUCUACACACAUUCCUACCCACUCCUGGUUCUACACCAGGCCGGUGUCAAGAAGAUGGGGGAGCUCCAUUUGGCGUUACGUUUCACGUGCACCUCGUUCGCCAACAUGCUCUACAUCUACUGGAGACCUCUACUCCCGAAGAUGCACUACAUCAGGCCGUUCAGCGUGAUCCAGCUGGAUAUGCUGAGGCAUCAGGCCGUCAACAUAGUGGCAACGAGGCUGGGCCGGGCAGAGCCACCUCUGAGAAGGGAGGUGGUGGAGUACAUGUCUGACGUGGACUCACACCUCUGGAGCAUGCGGAGGAGCAAGGCGAACUUCUUCCGCCUGAUGUCCGUCUUCAACGGGCUAUUCGCUGUCGGGAGAUGGUCGGGGGACAUCUGCAUGUGGAAGAACCCUAUCACAACAGUGCUUGUCCAUGUCCUGUAUCUCAUGCUUGUCUCCUUCCCAGAACUGAUCCUACCAACAGUUUUCCUCUACAUGUUUCUGAUAGGGAUUUGGAACUUCCGAUACCGGCCGAGGUAUCCUCCUCACAUGAACACGAAGCUCUCGCAGGCAGAGGCAGUGCACCCCGACGAGCUUGAUGAAGAGUUCGACACGUUCCCCACAAGCCGCAACCCGGAUCUGGUGAGGAUGAGGUAUGAUCGGUUGAGGAGCGUGGCUGGCCGGAUCCAGACCGUUGUUGGAGACGUUGCAACUCAGGGCGAGCGCCUCCACUCGCUGCUGAGCUGGAGGGACCCUCGUGCUACGGCCAUCUUCGUGACCUUCUGCCUCGUCUCCGCUGUGGUAUUGUAUGUCACGCCGUUCCAGCUUAUCGCUGCCUUGGCAGGUGUGUACAUGAUGAGGCAUCCGAGGUUUCGCUACCGCCUCCCAUCGCUGCCCGUCAACUUCUUCCGUCGCCUUCCUGCUAGGACGGAUAGCAUGCUGUAGGCUGAUCAACUUUCCUUACACUUUUUGAGAAACAUGACUUCUGUUGUAGUAUGCUUCUUAUCUUCUACAUCAGAUUAUGGAUGAUAUAUUUGUAAAACUCAUUUUCGUGCUGCAUUUUUAAUUUGUAGGUUCUUUGUGCAGUAAUAACCUUUUACCAUUUUGUC